UUGUGACAAAAUACAAAAUGUGUAGGAUUGAGUGAUGUAGCAUUUGAGGCCAGGAGUAAGUGAGACAUCUUAUCUGUUUCUCUGGGUGGACUUUCAGUAGAAUUUGCAAGAACCUCCUGUUCAUGGCCGAAAUUUGAUAUCACAGAUUCAUUUUUUCUUUAGAAGUGAUCAACGGAUAGAAGAACCAACUCAAAUGUUAAAAUGUUCUUGCUCAUAUCUUCCACAAUCAGCCUCUAUAUCAAAGUUUAUCUCAGACAAUCCGUACCUUUCCAUGCUAGAAACCAAAUGCACCACCAUGAAAGACUUAAAACUGAUUCAUGCCCAACUCAUCAAAACAGGCCUGAUCCAGGAUAAGAUUGCAGCUAGCAGAGUCUUAGCCUUUUGUGCCACAUCUCCUGCCGGUGAUGUGAAUUAUGCUUAUUUAGUCUUCAGUCAAAUGGACAAUCCAAAUCUUUUCACUUGGAACACAAUAAUCAGAGGCUUCUCACAAAGCUCAUCCCCGGAAACUUCACUCUCUCUUUUUGUACAAAUGUUGGAAAGUUCGCACGUUCAACCUGAGAGGCUUACUUAUCCUUCAGUUUUCAAGGCAUAUACUCAACUUGGAUUAGCUGCUGAGGGAGCUCAACUUCAUGGAAGGAUUGUGAAACUAGGGCUAGUAUUUGAUCCCUUUAUACGAAACACAAUGUUAAACAUGUAUGCCAAUUGUGGGUGUUUGAAUGAAGCUAGAAAACUGUUUGAUGAGGAUGAGAUUGUGGAUGUUGUGGCCUGGAAUUCAAUGAUUUCGGGGCUAGCUAAAUAUGGGGAAAUUGACUAUUCAUGGAGGUUGUUCAAUAAAAUGCCUUUCAGAAAUGACGUUUCUUGGAAUAGUAUGAUAAGUGGUUUCGUGAAGAAUGGGAAAUGGAUGGAGGCACUGGAUCUUUUUGGUAAAAUGCAAGAGCAAAGUGUUGAACCAAGUGAGUAUACAUUCGUGAGUUUAUUGAAUGCAUCAGCAUUUUUAGGGGCAUUAGACCAAGGAAACUGGAUACAUGAGUAUAUGAUGAAGAAAACUAGUAUCAAGAAGAAUGCUAUUGUGAUAACAGCGCUUAUUAACAUGUACCACAAGUGUGGUGACAUUGAAAUGGCACGUCAGGUAUUCGAGACUGCUCCAGGAAAAGGAUUAUCAUGCUGGAACUCGAUGAUUUUUGGCUUAGGAAUCAAUGGAUUUGAAACUGAAGCAAUUCAGGUAUUCUCGAGGCUCGAAUCCUCAGGCCUUGCACCAGAUUCUGUUAGUUUUCUUAGUGUUUUAACUGCCUGCAAUCACUCUGGUUUAGUCAAUGAAGCAAGAAACUAUUUCAGAUUAAUGAAGGACAAGUAUGAGAUUGAACCAUUGAUUCAGCAUUAUGGUUGCCUGGUUGAUGCACUAGGCCGAGCAGGACACCUUGGAGAAGCAGAAGAGCUCAUCAGAAGUAUGCCAAUGUGCCCUGAUGCUACCAUAUGGGGGUCUCUACUAUCAGCUGCUCAGAGCCAUGGAAAUAUUGAGAUGGCUAAAUGGGCAGCUAUGAAUUUGAUUCAGUUGGAUCCAGAUGACAGCUGUGCUUAUCUAUCAAUGCUCAAUGCCUAUGCAGCCUCAGGCUAUUUUGAGGAAGCAAUACAUGAGAGGAUUUUAAUGAAGGAGAAGCAAAUAGAGAAACGACCAGGCUGUAGUUCAAUUGAAGUGGAUGGGGAAGUUCAUGAAUUUGUAGCUGGUGGAAUGUUGCAUACCCGAGUCAAUGAAAUAUACUCUUUGAUGGACUAAUUGCAGAACAAGUUUGUGAGGUUGAUCAAAGUUACAAUUCAAGAGUUGUUCUGCAAGAUUUGCAAUUAGUCAAGUCUCCUCUUGUAUUUGAGAAAAGAUCUGAUUGCUGCAGGGCUCCAGUCCGGAUGGAGAGUCUUGAGAAGGCCGGCAAUGCCAGAAACAUGAGGGCAGGACAUUGAAGUGCCUGAAUCAACGAAGUAGGGGGUUCGGCGUUUAUCAAAACUUUCACCUGUUGGCCCCUGUGCUUCAGAGUAAGCAGCUAUCACAUCUACUCCUGGCGCAGUGAUAUCAGGCUGAAAAUAGGUCAUAUAGGAUAGCGAUAUCAGGGAGCCAAAAAAGUAGUAUACUAGAUAAACCAAGAAAAAAAAAAAGCAACCUAGCUUUGAUAUAAUAACCUUGAGAAUCUCUGGUGUCACAGUGUUAGGUCCCCUUGAUGAAAAUGGUGCCAUGACUGGAGCUGGCUUUAUGCCCAGUAGAGUCGAUGGAGGUGAAAUAUAAGCCGUAGGAUUCCUGCUAAAGCAUUGAAUAUUCAGAAACAAAAAGGGAGAGGAGAAUGCGUGCUCUGUGAAUGAGUUGUUUUAAUGAAAAAAAUGUCACCCAUGAGCACUGGCAGGGCCAUGAGUCAUUUUGCUGGUUAGUUGUUAACUGUGGAUGCUCAUGAUUAUCAUGGAAUAAGAUCUAUUGCAUGCUAUGAUAUU